CAAAAGCACGAGGAAAGGCAGCCAAGCACGGGGGUUACGGGGCACGCACAGCCGGGCAGAGCCGCGCACAGCGCCUCGCUGCGGGCCGCCCCUCCAUCGAGCCGGGCGGGCUGCCCAGCGCCCAGGGGACCCCCGGGGCGGAGGGGCGGGAGCGCGGCGGCCCCGCCGCCCGGGAGGAGCCCAGCAGCGCUUCCCGCCCGUGCCGGGGAAGUGACGCGGGGCGGGCCGGCCCCGGAAGCGCCGCCGGGACCCCUCCGCAGCCAUGUAGGGCCCGCGGCCGGGGCGGGACGCGAGGCGCGACCGCCACCAUGGACGGCAGCGGCGCCGCGGCUGCGGCGGGGCCGAGCGUGCCCAACCUCACCCCGCGGCACCGGCAGCUCAUCCCCACGCCCUGCGGCCCCAUAAAACCAUGCUCCGAGCUCUCAUUCCCUGUGAAGAUCUACUUCUGUGUCACUAUUGUGUCCCUGCUGAGUGUCAUUGGGCUGACCAUCGAAACACUGGUGCGCCAGACUGAGGAGGAUUUCACCAUUUCCCUUAUUCAGCUGGUCGGAGUUGUGUUCUGUGUGUACUAUGUGAGCAGGGGCAUCCUGCAGGAGAACCGCCAGGAGCUCGUGGUGUUCGUGCUCUCCAUCCUGCUGCUGAUGCUGCGCUCCAUCAUCAACUUCAGCCUGCUCCCUGCUGGGCAGAAACCUCAGCUCCUGGCCCGUUUUGUGCUGAUCCUGCUGGUGGGCUCCUUCGAUGUCAUCUGUGCCCUCAUCCUCAUCCAGAGCCAGUCCAUGAUGGCAUUCCGGGUGGGGGGAGCCCUGGAGAGCCUCCAGACCCAGUACUUCAUGCUCAACCUCUGCUUCUCCAUGCUCACCUUUGAUCUGCAGGCACAGCUGUGCCUGUGCAUCCUCCUGAUCAGCCUGCACGAGGUCACCCUGCUGCACAACAUCAUCUCAGCCACAGGCGUCGUCUGGGGCUGCCUCAAGGUCACCGUGGGCAUCAUUGCAAUUUUAAAAGAGCUGAAACCUCUGGUGUGGAUUUUCCUGGUGCAGAAUGUGCCUGAGGUGGUUUAUCUCAUCUACCUGCUCUACACGGUGAUCAGGGAGUGGGGCAAAGGCAGUUCUUACACCCUGGAAGCUGCUUUCAUCACUGGCUCCUGCAUUUCUGUCACAAUCAAAUCUGUUCUGUUCUGGGCUCUGCUUCACGUCUACCGCAGCUUCGGGCAGGGGCUGAGGGAGAGAAUGUUUUCCUCCUAUGGAAGGAUCGACUCCUGAGCCCUCCCCGUGCAGCUCCCACAGAGUGAAGCCACCCCAGAGCUCCUGCCCAAGGACCUGCACUCAGGGUGGCCAUCAAGGGUCACUUUCCCAGCAUGGAGGAGGGUCAGGAAGGUGUCACACGUCUCUUGGAGCAGU